AUGAAGAGAAAAGAUAAUAAAAUGUGUGAAACUAAUAUGUCAGAGAAUGAUCGAAUAAUUCUAAAAAAAAAAGAGGAUACUCUUUUUAAAAUGUUAAGAAAUAAUGAUAUAGAAUCCAAAUCUUCGUUGAACUCCAUAUGGAUAGAAAAUUUUUAUAAUGAUAUAAAAAAUAUAGCAAACAAAAUUGAAAAUUUUUCAAAUCAAAGUAACAAAAAAGAAGCUUAUAAAAAAUACAUGUUAGCAUUCAAUAUAAACGUUAAUGAUGCUUGUAUAUAUUUCAAAGACAUUUUAAUUAAUAUAUUUAAAAUAUAUGAUGAAAGAAAAUUAGAUUACAUAUUAUACAUAAAGAAACAUGCCAAAAAAACGAACAAUAUUUUAUUUUUGAAAUAUCUAUAUAAUAUAAAUGUGCUUCAAGAAGACAUAAGCAUUUGCCCAUUUAGUUGCGAUAAUUAUACUAAUAAUGUUAUAGAUAAAUUUUAUAAAAUAUAUAAUAAGUAUGAUGAAAGUAAAGAAAUUAAACGAUUACAUAUCAAUUUAGAAAUAUGUAGAAAAUGUAUAUGUAAUAUAUUUAAAUUUCUUGGGGAUUUGUUUAGAUAUAAAUAUAAAAUAUUUAAUGGAGAUGAGAAGGAAAAUGAAUUUAAUUCAUAUAUAAAUUAUUAUAGAUCUUUAUACUAUUCCAGAUCUAAUGGCUAUUUAUUUACUCAGUUAUCAUUAUUAUAUACAAAUAUAAAUCCUAUAAAAGCUUUGUAUUUUCAUUUUUUAUCACUAAUAUCAUAUCAGCCAUCUAAAAGUAGGGAUACUAUUAUUAUUUAUAUGGAAAAAAUAUUAGAUAAAAGAAAUACAGAAGAAGCGAUUUUGCAAUUCGUUAAGGAUGUCUAUCAGUUUAAUGACGAACAUGACGAACGGGACGAAAGUGAUGAGGAGGAGACAGACAACAAUAGUGAUCAUACUUGUGUGAAUAAUAAGAAAAUAAAAAGGAUCAUAAAAAAAAGGUCUAAAUCAAUUGAGCAUCGAAGAAAAUCUAGAAAAAGCAAACAUUCACAUAAGAGAAGAGAAUAUAAUAAUAGUAGUAUAGAACAUGAUAUUGAAACAUGUAGUAGUAUUGAAAUACAUAGUCAUAGAAAAAAUGUUACUGGGACAUAUAGUAGUAGCAGUAGUAGUAGUAGUGGCAGGAGUUGUAGCGAAAAUGGUAAUGAUACUUGUAGUAGCACUAAAUCUUUUAGGAGUAAUACAAAUAAAAAGACUAAGCAUGAUUAUAUAGAUGAUGAGAAAAAUGGAAAAAACCGAAAAAAUGAGCAUAGAAGAAAUAGAAGAAAUGGAAGGAAUGGAAAGAAUGGAAAGAAUGGAAGCUCUGGGGACGAACUAACAAAAAAAGAAUAUUUACGAAAAAAUCGUAAUAAGAAAAAAAUGUAUAUUUCUAAAAAAAAAAAUAAAAGAAAAAGUGAUACAUACAAAGAAUUAAAAGAAACAAUUGUAAAAUUUUAUAUUAGUUAUUUUAAGAUUAUGAAAUUAUUAUUUUCAAAAAUUGAUAUGAAUAAAUUUGAAAAAAAAAAAAAUAAAUUUAUGUAUUAUACAAAUAAAUAUGUAAAAAUUCAAUACUAUAAUAAAAUAGAUAACGAUCUAAUAUUUAAAAAUAUUAUUGUUAUUGUUUUUACUUUGUUAAGUAUGAUCAUAUAUAUUAUUACUAAUCAAUAUGAGAUAAAAAGAAAUAGAAUAGACAAAUUUUUUUACGGAAAAGUUGAUAUAAAUAAAUAUAUAUAUAAAAAUGAGCAAAUAUAUUUUUCAUUUAUUUUAAUUCAUGAAAUUUUAUUAUCAUGUAAAUCUUUUUAUAACAAUUUUGAUUCAAAAUAUUUAUCUAUAUUUAUAUAUAUAAUGUAUUGGAUUCAUAAUGAACCAAGUUUAAACAACACACACAUAACUAAACUAGAUGAGGAAGACAAUGAAGAAAAAAAUAAUUUAAUUAAGCAAUAUCAUGAAUAUUAUAAGAAAAAAGCAACAGUUGGUUUUGGUUAUAAUAAUUAUAAGAAGAAAUAUAGUGAAAAACAAAAAUGUUGUAAAAAUACCGAUCACGAAUAUUUAAAAAAUAGUGACAUUAUAAAUAGUAUUAAAAAUUUGAUAUAUAGUAUAAAAAUUAAAGAAGAUGUAAAAUUUGAUAUUCGUUUGUUGUAUUAUAUACUUGAUGAAGAUUCAUGUGUUCAUCCAUUUUUGAAUGAUUUAGAAUUUUUAGUAGAAAAUAUUCAAUUACCAAAAUAUCAGGAUAAUAGAAAUAGUCAAAUUAAUACUUAUUCUAUUCAAGAGUUGAGUGAUUUUGAUGAUUCUGAUGAAGAAGAUAUUAUAUUUUUAAAAAAAACAAUUUUUGGAAAACCAUCUUCAUUUUCUACAGAUAAAAAAUUAAAAAAAGAAAAGAAUAAGUUAAGUAAAUAUAAUGAGUUGUACGAAAAUUAUGAAUUGUGUAGUAACUAUGAAAGUACAUCAAAUGACAGUUGUAGUGGUUAUUCGAAUAUUCUAAGUAAUGAUAAAAAAAAAAAAAAAAAAAAAAAAGUGAAACAAUAUGAAAAUUUUCAAAAAAUAAAUAAUACAAAUUUGAUGGUAAACAAAAAUAAACACAAAAAAAAUGACGAAGAAAUAUAUCAGAUGGAUCAAUUAGAAAAUAAAAUAAGAAUAAUACGAUUUUAUUCUAUUUUGAAUAGCAAAAAUAAAAUUGACACCAAAAAUAAAAUGUCUGAAGAAAAUAAAUCUACAAUUUUAAAACAAACCAAUACUGAAUAUUUAAAAACAAAUAUUAAGAAAAAUAAUUCAAAACGAAUUAAAAUGAUCAAAAAUAUCGAAAUAUUUUCUAAAGAUGUUAAAUACAAGCAAGCUGAUAAUGACCCAUUAGUAUCCUGCAUAAUUGCAAAUAAAAAAUUAAAAAAAAAAUCAGAAAAUACAGAUUCGCCAUCUGAUGAUAUGAAUAAUAAAAGUGAUACUUCUGAUGUUUAUCACAGUGAUGCUAAUCACUUAAAAUCUGAAUCGGAGAAUUCGAAAAUCGCAAUGAUAACCAAUUCUAAUCAUUCAGACGAAGAUACUGAGGAUAAAAGUUUAUACCAAAUUAAGGCUCAUAAAAAUCGUAGAAAAAGUGGUUCCAGAAAUAGCAGCUCUGGAGAUAGUGACACAAGGAAAAGCGAUACAAGGAAAAGUGACACAAGGAAAAGUGAUACACGAAAAAUUGGUUCUAGAAGUAGCGGUUCUCGAAAUAGCGGUUCUAGAAAUAGCGGUUCUAGAAGUAGCGGUUCUAGAAAUAGCAGCUCUGGAGAUAGUGACACAAGAAAAAGCGAUACAAGGAAAAGCGAUACACGAAAAAUUGGUUCUAGAAGUAGCGGUUCUCGAAAUAGCGGUUCUCGAAAUACCGGUUCCAGAAAUAGCAGCUCUGGAGAUAGUGACACAAGAAAAAGCGAUACAAGGAAAAGCGAUACACGAAAAAGUGAUACAAGAAAAACCGGUUCUAGAAAUAGCGGUUCUAGAAAUAGCGGUUCUAGAAAUAGCGGUUCCAGAAAUAGCAGCUCUAGAGAUGGCGGUUCUAGAGAUAGCGGGUCGAGAAAUAGCAGCUCUAGGAAUAGUACAUCGGGGUAUGUUAGCAAUGAUGCAACUUCUGAAGAUUAUGAGGAUAACGACAGUAAAAUCAAUAAAACAAUUUUAAACAAAUUGUGUGAUUCCAAAAAACUCACAAAAAGACAGGAUUCAUUAAAUAAUAAUACUGAUAUAAUAAAAACAUAUCAUGAAAAUAUUAUUCCAAAAAAUGAAGAGACACCCAAAAGGGGAAUAGAUGUAUGUCAUAUCUCUGUUAAAAAUAAUAAUGAAGAUUUAUACAAUAAUAGAAAAAAUAUUUUAAAUGAUAUUUAUGUUCAGAAAAAUUCAAAUUUUGGAGAAUCUACAAAAUGCACCAAAUUGGAAUAUCUACCUUUUUCCCCAACACAAAAAGAUAGCUUAUAUGAUUGCUUACAAACGUCAAUCAUUAAUAAUGGCAAUAAUAAUAAUGGCAAUAAUAAUAAUGGCAAUAAUAAUAAUGGCAAUAAUAAUAAUGGCAAUAAUAAUGGAAAUAAUAAUAAUGGCAAUAGUAGUAGUGGCAAUAAUAGCAGUGGCAAUAAUAGCAGUGUCAAUAAUGAAAUAAAGAAAGGGACAUAUGAAGAAAUCGUCAAUGAUGUGAUAAGAAAUUACCGAAAUAAAAAGGAAGGUGAUAUAAGUUUAAAUAUAUUGAAUAGUAAUUUAUAUUUUAAUGAGAGAAAUAAAAAGGUAGUUUUAUUAGAUGGAAAAAAUAUUGGGACACGAUAUCAAAGUAAUUAUAUAAAAUAUUUUGAUAUAUUUAGAAUUAAAACUGUAUUAGAUUAUUAUAAAUUAAAUGAAUAUAAAGUUAAGAUAAUUAUACCACAAGAAUAUGUUAUACAACAUUCCGACACACUUAAUAUUCGUCAAUUAAUUCAAAACAAAUCUCAAAAAGAAUCAACACAUUAUACUUCUAACGGAAUAGACGAAAAAAAUUAUCAUAUUAAUGCUAACUAUUAUAGUAAUAACCAUAUAUAUAAAAAUAAUGGAUAUGAUAUAAAUAAUAAAAUUGUAGAGAAUAAUGAGAAUAUUGAAUUUUCUCUUAAUACAAAAGAUUUAUUAUUUUUUAAACAUUUGAAUAUGUUAGGAUGUUUAAUAACACAUCCUUUAGAAAAUUAUUAUCAGUUUUGUAUAUAUAUAAUACAAAAAUUUAAUUCAGGGUUUGUUACAAAUAUCACUAUAUCUGAAUUAGCUAGUAAAUUGCAUAAAUAUGAACAAGCAAUACAACCUAUAUUUCCACAUCUAAUUUCUUAUACAUUUCUUGGUGAUGAAUUUUUACCCAACCCAGAUUUUAAAUGGCCAAUAUCGAACAAUAUGGGAUAA